AUGGAAGAGCAGAACCGCACCAACUUCAACAACACUGAUGACUUCUACAUCUUUGGCAACGGCAGUCAAUGUGAUACUGAACCAAUUUUACAUGUGGUGGAAUUAAUAAUUGUUUGCACCGGACUUCCUCUGAUGCUGGUGGCCAUCUGUGCAGUUUUUCUUCUGGUCCAAAAAGAUCACUCUGCUCCAGUCUACGUCAUAAACCUUCUCAUUUCUGAUCUCAUUCAGCUGUGCUGCCUUACUGCUUGGAAGGCAUGCGAGUUUCAUGACAUCAUCGACAACAGCUACACUUUUGCUGUAAUGGCCAGUGUUGGAUUCAUGGUGUGCAUCUCGAUGGAGAGGUAUUUGGUCAUUGUCAAGCCGUUGUGGUACAGAUUCAGAAGAAACAUCAAGACGUCUCUCAUGGUUUGUGCUGUUGUAUGGACAUUGGCACUUGUUUGUGUUUGCCCUCUUUAUUUUGACGUCCACCCUCGGGUUCAAGAAAUCAUCUGUGCUGUCUUCCUUCUCAUCCCCCUCCCCCUGUUCAUCUUCUUCCUUGUUGGGACCAUCAGAGCUCUGUCUGCUGCCCACAGUGUCCCUGCAGAGGAAAAACGAAGGAUAGUAGCAAUUCUUGUUGUGGUGCUGCUUAUUUACAUGCUGCUGUUUCUUCCUAACAUUUAUUGGUCCCUGGUUAAAGAAGCUAAACAUUACCAGAUUUUUACCAGCUUGGCUUGCAUUGGUCUUUAUUUAAGUCCUCUGGCUGACUUGACCAUGUACUUUUGCAUCAGGAAAAGUGCGAUUGACCAUCUUCUGAAGUUACUCUGCCAUUGUAAAAUGUCAGGCAACUGGGAAACAAGCAGCAUAGCUGUUGAAAAUAUGUCUGCAACAUGCUCUGAGGCAGUCUAAGAUUUGCUUGGACCUGUGCGACUCUCCAGAGAUGCAUGUUAAACCUGGACAGUAUUCCUCUGAACCCAAGCACACAUCAUGUUAUCUGCAAUUAUCUUGUUGUAAUGGGGAUACACCUUCAUUCUUCUGAUCCCUCUAAUCCAGACAGAGGAAAUUAAAUAACAAUUUCCAAUUUGUCCAAUCAGCAUUUUCUGUUUCUGAAUG